UGCUUGGUGAGGGCCUACCGCUGAUUUGUCAUUCAUCCCAAAGGCGUCAGGAAUAUUUAAUUAGCCGGCCCUCCCAGGUGGAGGGAACCAGGAAGCUCUUGCGGCCCUAGUGCCUCCCGCGGGACACGGUGCCAGGGAAUUACCGGACAAAAUAGAGCAGAGUGUUAAGGAGUCGUAGAGAUGAAACGUUUCCUUCGCUCUGGCCAUGACUCUGUGAGGGAGCGGCUGAAACGGGACCUAUUCCAGUUUAACAAGACAGUGGAACAUGGCUUCCCCCACCAGCCCAGUGCUUUGGGAUACAGCGACUGCCUUAGCCUCAUGGCGAUUGGAACUCGUUCUGGAGCGCUCAAAGUUUAUGGCUCCCCAGGAGUAGAAUUUAUGGGUCUCCAUGAUGAGAAUAACUCCGUGACAAAGAUCAGUUUCAUCCCAGACCAGUGCCAACUUGUCACUGUACUUGAUGACAACAGCCUUCACCUAUGGUCGUUUCAGCAACAUGAUGGGGUCUCAGAACUACAGGAAGAGAAAAAAUUCACCUUACGUGGGCCCCCUGGGUCUCCCCCAAGUGUGACGCAGAUUAAGGUGCUGUUGCCGCACUCUUCAGGGGAGAAGCUAUACGUAGGCACUGAGGGGGGCAGCGUGUUUACUCUGGAGCUGCCAUCUCUGCGUGUUUUAGAAGAGAAGACGGUCGGGCAUGAAGCAGCACUUCAAGGUCUGCCGGAUGAAUACAGCAGUAGGAGAGCAUUCGAGUCUGUAGAGGCCUUGCAGGAGAAUCCCCGGAAUCCAGACCAGCUUUUGAUUGGUUACAGUCGUGGAAUGAUGGUGGUCUGGGACUUGGCGAAGGGACGCAGCAUGCAAUACUUCCUGGGCAAACAACAACUAGAGAAUGUUUUCUGGUGCCGAAAUGGGCAGCAGAUAGUCAGCUGUCACAGUGAUGGGGGGUACAACCAAUGGGAGAUCUCUGAUGAGCUGGUGCAGGAUUCUCCCAUGGAGAGCAAAGUGCCAUACGGUCCUCUCCGGUGCAAGGCAAUCUGUAAAAUAACCUGGCAUACCUCGAGAAGAAGCCGCUCUCCAUAUGUCGUGUUCCAAGGGGGCAUGCCUAUGGCGAGCUAUGGGGACAGGCACAUCAUAUCCGUCGUACAUGGACACCAGCAGACUGCUUUUGACUUUACCUCACGGAUCAUUGACCACAUAGUGAUUGCUAACCCUGAUCCCUCAGCAGAAUACGAUGACCCUCGGGCCCUGCUGGUACUGGUAGAAGAGGAGCUGGUGAUGAUCGACCUGCAGAGCCCCAGCUGGCCAGUAAUCCAGUGCCCCUACCUCAUCUCCCUCCAUUGUUCAGCCAUCACCUGCUCCUAUCACAUCUCUUCCAUCCCCUUGAAGCUGUGGGAGCGGAUAAUUAGUGCUGGGAGGAAGCAAAACACUCAGUUCUCUAACAUGCCGUGGCCCAUUGAUGGUGGUGUCAAUUUGGCGCCUGCUCCCCCUCAGAGAGAUCUACUUCUUACUGGGCAUGAGGAUGGCACUGUGCGAUUCUGGGAUGCUUCCGGAGUUUGCCUACAGCUAAUGUACAAGAUGAACACAGUGAGCGUCUUCCAGACUGAUUCUGACCACAAUGAUAAUGUCAAUUCCAACGAGGAAGAAGAGUGGCCUCCACUGAGGAAAGUUGGCUCCUUUGACCCUUACAGUGAUGACCCCAGACUGGGCAUACAGAAGAUUUACCUGUGCAAAUAUAGUGGUUACCUCUCUGUGGCUGGCACGGCUGGACAGGUUCUGGUUCUGGAGCUGAAUGACGAAGCUGCAGAGCACAUUGUGGAAGAGACCUUAGUAGACCUCCUUCAGGAACAAGAAGGCUACCGCUGGAAGGGCCACGAACGGCUCCGUGCCCGGGAGGACCCUGUCCGCUUCCCUCCAGGCUUCCAGCCUUUUGCCCUGGUGCAGUGCCAGCCACCUGCUGCUGUUACUUCGCUGGCCCUGCACUCUGAGUGGCGACUACUGGCCUUUGGUACCAGUCAUGGCUUUGGGUUGUACGACUUUCAGCAGAAGCGGCAAGUAAUAGCCAAGUGCACGUUACAUGCCAGUGAUCAAAUGGCUCUGGAAGGUCCCCUGUCACGAGUUAAAUCUCUGAAAAAAUCUUUGCGUCAGUCAUUCCGCCGCAUUCGGAGGAGUCAAGUCAAUAAGAGAAGACCAGGGCCUGAUAGGGUGCAAGAGGCCAAUGCUCGAUUUGAGCAAGAAACUCUGCAGGAGAUGGAACUGGCCCCCGUACAGAGGCGGAUAGAGGCACGCUCAGCUGAGGAUUCCUUUACUGGAUUUGUGCGCAUGUUGUACUUUGCUGACACAUACCUGAGGGACAGCUCCAAACACACACCUUCCCUCUGGGCUGGGACGAAUGGGGGCACAGUGUAUGCGUUUUCAUUGCGGGUGCCACCUACAGAGCGCCGAAUGGAAGAAGCUGUGGCAGCAGCACAGGCAAAGGAAAUCCAGCUUAUGCACCGGGCUCCAAUUGUGGGGAUAAUGGUUCUGGACGGUCACAGCGUUCCUCUCCCAGAACCUUUAGAGGCAGCUCAUGAUCUCUCCAAGAGCCCAGACAUGCAAGGCAGCCACCAGCUACUGGUCACCUCUGAGGAGCAGUUUAAGAUCUUUACUCUUCCCAAAGUAAGUAGCAAACUGAAGCUAAAACUGACCGCCACAGACGGCUGCCGAGUGCGCAAGAUGGCGGUGUGCACGUACGGAAGCUGCAAGUCCGAGGAGCACAGUGAGAACCACCUGACCGUUCUCACCAAUCUGGGAGAUAUUCAAGUGGUGUCACUGCCCCAACUGAAGACACAGGUUCGGUACGACUGUAUCCGCAAGGAAGAUGUUAGUGGCAUUGCCUCUUGUGUCUUCACUAAGCAUGGACAAGGGUUUUAUCUAAUUUCCCCCUCUGAGUUGGAAAGGUUUUCGCUAUCCACAUGCUGGCUGGUGGCACCACGUGCCAGAGUGGAUCCUCCAGAGCUUCCUCGCAACUCACGGCUGCGACGGGGGGGCAGCACUGACCAACAAACUGACAGGUCCAGGUCGUCUGGGAGGGAUUAUACAGGAGACUCCCAGGCCCAGGGCACCCUUAUGGAACAUGCGCUGCUAAAUGAUGAAAAGAUGCUGAAGGAAAUCCAGAACACGCUGGAAGGAACUAGAAUAAGUUACAACGAAAGGAGUUCCCGGCAGAUCAGCGUUGGGCACAGACUGAGUAACGGGGCAGAGUGAAAUGCUGCCAAAUGACUGAACCUAAAUCCUGGGCUGAAGCCCCGGUGCCAAGACACUACUGAUUACUGAUUGCACAAUGGAGCCUCCCUGCAGGACUUACUGUCACGUGCCUUUGCUGAGGGCAAACUGUUCUGCCUGCACAUCCCCUUUUAGCGAUUCCUAGAGGAAUUUGUUCAUUUAUUUAAUGAUAAUCGUACUACUGCCUUAUCCCUCUGUGCAGAGCAGGCGCCACUGGAGGAAAACAAUCACAAAAAAAUGGGACUGUAUUUUUUUAAAUUAUGUACCUUUUGGUUUUUAGAGGUUUUACAUUUUAUUGGUACAUUUUAACACCGACUUUGUUUUUAUACGAAUUUAAUGGAGAUUGGCAAGGUACAGACAUAUGCAUCGGGUGAUCUAUUUUUAUAAUAGAUAUUAAUGGUGUUGCUUUAUGCAUUUCUGCGGCCAAUAAAUGUAAUUCUUCCACAAA